CCGCAAUCCUGCAACACCACACUGCGCACCACACUACGCACCACACUACACCACACGCAACGACCGUCCCCAACUUACGAAUCACGUCGCCAAUACUGCUCGACAAAAGCACUACGCUCUUCACCUGACACCCGAUUUCAUCGAUCGAGUGCCUGCGACGCAGCAACUAUGUUCUUCUUCUUUACGUGUGGCACACAUACCUUCACCUCGCGUCUGAAAGGCGCCGAGAACCUCACUGUACAAUGCCAAAACUGUGGCAACUUCUCAGGACACGUCUAUAAGCGCUGGGAAUGGUUCACAUUCUGCUUCGUCCCCAUAAUUCCCUUCAGUCUGAAGCCCUACAAAGAAGUCGGCUGCCACAUCUGCAACUUCUACCAAGACAUCAAGUACCGGCCGGAUGUCCAACAGCAAAUGGGGUUUGGGAAUGGGAGCCAACCGCAAGGGGGGAUGCUGAUGGGACCGCCGAGUGCGCAUGAUGGACGAGGCCCCCCACCAGCUGGCGUGCCGCAGCAUCCGCAGUAUAAGUAGGGGAGGGGAGAAACUGAGCAGUGGGGAGCGGGGAGGAGUUCUGUGUCAGGGAAGUGCGGGCGGACAUGGUGCUCACAAUGGGGUGGUGGAGAUGCGUUGGGUGAGCGAGGCGUAGAGUGUCUUUGCUUUUGGGGUUUCACAGCAAGGUGAGCUGUCACUCGCAUCCACAUUUACAAAUACGGCGUUCCGGUGCUCGAGGAAAGGAAGCAGAUACCACCAUUCCAAGGUUAGUUUCAUUGGGGGAAGGCAUGGCGAACAUUCUCGUCCCAAUAAUUCACCUAAUCCUAU